AUGGGCAAAGAAAACCAGACCUAUCUGACUGAAUUCAUCUUGGUGGGCCUUUCUUCAGAUCCUCCAACCCAGAUCCUGCUGUUGGUGGUCUUUCUCAUCAUCUACUUGCUGACUGUGUUUGGUAAUCUGCUCAUUAUAUUUCUAAUUCACAGUGACUCUCGACUUCACACACCAAUGUACUUCUUCCUUGAAAACUUGUCAUUUACUGAUCUCUGUUUCUCCACAAUUAUUGUUCCCCAGAUGCUAUUCCAUUUGCUGGUCAUGAGAAAGACCAUUUCCUUUAUGAGGUGCUCAAUUCAGAUGGCUUCUUUCCUAGUAGUGGGGUGUACGGAGAGUUCACUUCUAGCAGUGAUGUCCUAUGACCGCUAUGUGGCUGUCUGCAAGCCCCUGCAUUACUCCACCCUCAUGACCCAGAGGAUUUGUGUCCAGCUGGUUGCAGGGUCCUGGGCCAGCGGAGCAUUGGUAUCUGUAGUAGACACCACAUUCACUUUACAUCUCCCAUACAAGGGACACAAUGUAAUUAAUCAUUAUUUUUGUGAACCUCCUGCCCUCCUAAAGCUGGCUUCAGAAGAUACCUAUAGCACAGAAAUGGCCAUCUUUGCAAUGGGUGUGGUAAUCCUCCUAGGUCCUGUCUCUCUCAUCCUUUUCUCCUACUGGAAUAUUAUCUCCACUGCACUUCUAAUGAAGUCAAGAGAGGGGAGGCUCAAGGUCUUUGCUACCUGUGGUUCCCAUUUCAUUGCUGUCACUUUCUUCUAUGGAUCAACAAUAUUUACCUACAUGCAGCCAAAUUCAAAGAAAAUGAAUGAGGGGGAUAAGGUGAUCUCAGUGUUCUACUCAGUCAUAACAUCCAUGAUGAACCCAUUCAUUUAUAGUCUAAGGAACAGGGAUGUAAAAGAGGCAUUUAGAAAAGUACUGGGAAAAUAG